AUGUCAACCAUCAACAUAAUAACAGGCAGCUGUCUCUGCCAGGAAGUUCGAUACGAGGUGACCGGACCCGCCACAGUGACACUACUUUGUCACUGUAACAACUGCCGCAAAAUGACAGGAUCCACUUACAUGGCAAAUGCGAUCUAUAGAAAAGACCAAUUGCGUAUCAUAUGUGGAGAAGAUGUUCUUAAAGUCUACAGAGACAACAACACGGAAUCAGGAAACACCGUCACCCGUCAAUUCUGCUCCAACUGCAGCUCAUCGUUGUUUGCCAUGAGUGGCUCGGACCCGGCCGAUGCUGACACAGUCGCCAUUACUUCCGGGACGAUGGAUUUGGGGCCUUCGAAGGAAGAGUGGGCACCUCAAGUAGAAGUGUAUUGCAAAAACCGGGAAGGAGUGGAUUGCUCCUGUUGA